AAUAUAUGGUAUCCUUCACGCGUCAAUCGGAGCUCUGUCUAGACUAUCACUAAUGCUAAACAAUGGACACAGACACAGACAGAGAACAGAAAGGGUUUGUAGAGGAUGAAGAGGAAGAAAUGAAAACUUCAAAGGCGUCAUCGGCUUUUAUAUAGUGGAAAGACAAUCGAGGGAGAGAGCUUCUCUGUAGCAUAUUAUUGCUUGCUUAUUCUCUGCAGCUAUUGAUGCUCAUUGAGUUUGUGAAAUGUCUUUUUUCUUUGCAGAUCUAUGCUGUUUCCAUCACGAUUUGUAUCGUGCUCGGGUUAAAGUUACUGGCCCUCAUAUGGCAGUUCGAUUUCCCGCCCUUCAUGGUCCUGAUAAUUGCUAUCCUUAACGAUGGUACCAUCAAUGCGAUAUCCAAGGACACAGUAAAACCAUCUCCACAUCCCGAAAGCUGGAAGCUUGCAGAGAUCUUCACGACUGGGAUAAUUCUAGGGGGUUACUUAGCAAUGGUGACAGUGAUUUUCUUCCGGGCAGCAUACAAGACCAACUUCUUUCCCGUAAGAAGAUGAAAAACUCUCCAAAUAGUUGACUCUUACCAGCUGGGUAUACCAUACGAUUGGAAAAGUUCAUGAGUUGAUUGAGCAAGCUGGCAUUGGCUAGUUGUCGAUGGUCACUGAGUUCAACUUUUCAUGUGUUGCUUGGUUGUCGAUUAAUUCAUUGUGUUCUGUAGCGUACAUUUGGGGUUUCGAGCCUUCAGAAUAAGGACAUGGAUGACGUCAGAGAGCUUGCCUCUGCGAUAUACCUGCUAGUGAGUACAAUCAGUCAGGCUCUCAUAUUCGUGACCCCGUCGAGGAGCUGGUCUUUUGUUGAGCGACCAGGACUUCUAGGGAGUAUGAUACCAAGAAACGCAAGUCUUAUCAUAUAACCAUUCAAAGAAGACCGAUACAAACUGAAACACACCCCAAAGGGUUCAAGACCAAGAAGAAAA